GCCCCCUUUCUAUCACGCAUGCGCAUUUCGUGUGCGUGUCCGCGCGAACACUAGCUAUUUAUACGAAAGCACCACGAAAUUUCGAACUUUGUAGCAGCUAGCUCUAGCUUCUCAAACACGAGUUUCAAGUCACAUAUGGAGGCAAUAGGAGAUCAAGAACAAAUGGCAACUGAAGUAGAAGAUCCCCCAACUGAGGAAGAUUCUAAAGGACCAGCAGGCAAGGACACCCUCGGGCAGGAGACACCAGCCGAUCCCUCAGCCAACUCAUCCACUGCGUCGUCUGUCUCUCCCACCCUCCCUCCCCCUCCCCUGUUUGUGAAUGCCCUCAAUCUUCAGCCCAACACCACCACCACCAACACCACUGCCGCAACAAAGACUACUACAAGUGAUGAUUUGACUGAUGAUGACAGUUCAGAUGCUGCCACACUCUCAAGCAAGUUCAAAGAAGACCCGGCAUCGAUACUGAAGUUGCUACAGUCUUCACUGUCAAUGGAUAAGUUGUCAUCUCUCAUUCGGUCAGAGUCCCGUGCCAACAAAAGGCAACUCAAGUCUCUUCAGAAACAGUUGGAAGAGGCAUAUGUGACGCUGAGUGACUGCGCCAAUCAGAAGGACGAGUUGCAACAGAAGAUCGACGAGAGCAACGAGAAGAUCGGCAACAAGAGAAAACAGAUGGAGAGUCUUAGAGAGGAGCUGAGAGUGCUAGGUGAAGAGGAACUGCAGUUGAAGAAGAAGAGAGACUCAUCGUACGCCAAGUGUGCCGAGAUCAAGAAAAGGCUAAGGUCGAGUCGGGAGGCACAGCAACAGAUUGCAGCAUUUACCUCAAAAACUACCUCUUCGUCAAAUUCAUUACCUUAGAAACACCCCACAAUUUUGUCUUUAUUGAUGUCAUGAUUUUGA